AGGUCGCGCUUCAGACAGACACGUGCGCUUGUAGCUGGCGCCACGGAGCGGAGGCCGGCACUCAACCUGGUGAACGGAUGAAAAAAGGGAGGCUUGUUUCCCAGUAACAACGAUCAAGCAACACAAUCCGUUAGCGGAAGUUCAUUUCCGGCGCUAAAUUCCAGGUUAGCAGCGAUCUGUGUGUCGGACUGCGGCGGUGAGUCCAGCACAAGUUAGCCGUAACGUUACUGUCUCACAUUGGGACGCGUUUCUUUUCUGCACUUCUCUCCGUAAAAGAUCAAGUUUUCACCGUAAUUCCUGCGCAAUGGCGGACUACCUGAUCAGCGGACAGACCGGCUACGUGCCUGAAGAUGGUCUGAGCGGGCAGCAGCUCUUCGGCUGCGGUGAUGGCCUCACAUACAAUGACUUCCUGAUUCUUCCAGGCUAUAUUGACUUCACAGCUGACCAAGUGGACCUGACAUCAGCCCUGACCAAACGGAUCACUCUGAAGACGCCGCUGGUGUCCUCUCCCAUGGACACAGUCACAGAGUCGGGGAUGGCCAUCGCCAUGGCUCUCACCGGUGGGAUCGGCUUCAUCCACCACAACUGCACACCCGAAUUCCAGGCCAACGAAGUGAGAAAGGUCAAGAGAUACGAGCAGGGUUUCAUUACAGAUCCCGUGGUGAUGAGCCCCAACGAGCGCGUGAGAGACGUCUUUCAGGCAAAAGCCCGUCACGGUUUCUGCGGCAUUCCCAUCACAGAUAACGGACAGAUGGGCGGCCGCCUCGUAGGCAUCAUCUCAUCUCGAGACAUCGACUUCCUGAAAGAGGAGGAGCAUGACCUUCCACUCAGCGAGGUGAUGACGAAGGUGGAGGAUCUUGUAGUGGCUCCUGCUGGUGUGACAUUGAAGGAAGCUAAUGAGAUCCUUCAGAAGAGUAAAAAAGGUAAACUGCCCAUCGUGAAUGAGCAGGGCUGUUUGGUGGCCAUCAUCGCUCGCACAGACCUGAAGAAGAACCGAGAUUUCCCUCUGGCCUCCAAAGACUCGCGCAAGCAGCUGCUGUGUGGCGCUGCCAUAGGAACACACAACGACGACAAAUAUAGACUCGAACUGCUCAUGCAAGCUGGAGUGGACGUUGUCAUACUGGACUCUUCGCAAGGAAACUCCAUUUUCCAGAUCAACAUGAUCAAGUACAUCAAGGAGAAAUACCCCAACCUGCAGGUUAUAGGAGGCAACGUGGUAACAGCAGCUCAGGCGAAGAAUCUGAUCGAUGCUGGCGUGGACGCUCUGAGAGUAGGAAUGGGCAGUGGCUCCAUCUGCAUCACACAGGAAGCUCCUCUUACUAUUCCUCCUGAUAUAAAGCUCCACAGCCCCAAAGCCUCAGCCACUGUAACGGGAUACUGCAUGCUGGCGUGUGGCAGGCCGCAGGCUACAGCCGUGUAUAAGGUGUCGGAGUAUGCGCGACGCUUCGGCGUGCCAGUCAUCGCAGACGGUGGCAUUCAGAACGUGGGCCACAUCGCCAAGGCCCUGGCACUGGGGGCAUCCACAGUGAUGAUGGGCUCGUUGCUGGCAGCCACCAGCGAAGCUCCAGGCGAGUAUUUUUUCUCAGAUGGCAUCAGACUGAAGAAGUACAGAGGAAUGGGCUCACUUGAUGCUAUGGACAAGAACCUGGGCUCCCAGACCAGAUACUUCAGCGAGUGUGAUAAGAUUAAAGUAGCUCAGGGCGUGUCAGGCGCCGUACAGGACAAAGGCUCCGUCCAUAAGUUUGUCCCCUACCUCCAUGCUGGAAUCCAGCACUCCUGCCAGGACAUAGGAGCUAAGAGCCUUACACAACUUAGGGCAAUGAUGUAUUCUGGCGAUCUGAAAUUUGAGAAAAGGACCGUAUCUGCUCAGGUGGAGGGAGGAGUGCAUGGUCUGCACAGCUACGAGAAACGGCUGUUCUAAUGAAGACAACUAAUGCCAAGAACACACACACAGAGUACAUUAACACAUAAUCAUACACAGUCAUUCUGUUGUAUAAAGACACACUACUAAAUCUGAGUGCACAGAUGACCACCGUGCGUGUGCGUAUGCGUAUGCGUAUGCGCACAGAGCGAUGCACCCAUGCCCAUGUCAAAACCCACACUUCCCUUUUCUUUGUCUUCCAGACCUUUGUUGAGCAAACCAACUGUGCAUGUAUCUUUGUGUUAAAAUUUAAGGACAUACUUUUCUGUUUAUGAAACAAAAAAUUCAAGAAUAUUGUAAUACACUUAUGUUCAGAGGUAUUCAUUCAUUUCAAAUACAUUUUUCCAGUAAAACAA